AUGUGUGUCAUUGAGCUCAAGACCUACCGGCACUCCGAUGGACGUCGGAGCAAGAAAGAGAAGACCCGUUUCUGCCACGAAGGGCUAAGGAGGGGUUCUCUUUGCGAUCAUGUUGAGCGUAAAGGGACCGCUUCCGCUCCAGUCUCCGACGUUAUGGCCUCGUCCUCGAGUAGACCGUCUUCCUCCGCAGAUAUCAUCACCACUGGCAGGGACGGCAGAGAACGACAGUACAUCCGCGUUAGCAGCAAGCGCUCCUCACUGGAAGCUAGCAGUGCCAACGCCAGGCACUCGGCUGAGGUACUCUCCAGCUCAUUGUCUCUAGCUACCCGAGAAGUUCGACCAUCCGCUUCAGGUGGCGAUCGUCCUCAUCGCCGCUCAAUAAAGUACUCGUAUGCCACCGCUCCGGACAGGAGUGUUGGCCUUGAUGGAAGUACCGAUUACGAGCGGCCUCCAUCGCUCGAGGUGCCUCAAUCAGGCGGUAAUGCUGAAAGUCCAACAACACAAGGCCCGUCACUGCGGAAAGCCCGGCCACGUGCCAUCAUUGUCGAUACUGGUGCUUCGAUGACCGGCACCACGUCCUCGCUCGGACGAUCAUCGCCAGGACUCAGCAAUCUACCUCGUCUGAGCCGUCACGUCCAAGACCUUGAUGAUGAUACUGCCUACGAGGAGUCCAGGGGCAAGUAUCAAGCACGAGUCGACUCCCUCGCUGAUGACGAUGAGUUUGAGGCUCGGUCACUCCCAGAAGAGGACGAGCGACAAGUUGAUCUCGGCAAGGAACGUAUUGCGGCCUCCGAACGAUACCAAGAAGAGCUCAUCUCCCGCGAUAUCGAAGCACAGGAGCUCCAGCAAGCACAACUAGAACGUGACCUCAAGGCAGAGGCCGAUCGUCGUCAAGACGAGCGUGUCAGGCGUGAGAUUGCAGCACAGAAUGAAGAACAGGCUCGACUGGAACGGGCUCGUAUUGCUGAGACCCACCGUCGACAGUCUGAUCGUGAGAGUCGGGAGGCCAAGGCACGAGAAGAAGACCAAGCUCGCCGCGAGAGGAAUCGUAAAGCGGAUGCCGAUCGGCGGAAACGAGUUCGAAUGAGCCAGGAGGCAGAAGUCCAAGCCAGACAUCGAGCCGAAGAAGCACAACGUGAGCGCUAUCGCCAAGAAACAGCCGCUGCUCUCCAAAAAGCCACCGAAGAGGAGCAUCAACGCCACGUCAACGCCGAGUACGCCCAAAUGGCUCGUGAGCGAAACGUUGCAGAUGCGCAUGUGCUUGCCGCAUCUUCUCCCGCUCUGCAAUACUAUGAGCCACGCAGCGUGCCUAUCUCACCUCGCGAAAUCACCUACACAGCCGUCCCAGCAUCCUCCCCAAUCUCUGCUCGGCACAUGACAAACACUUACCUCACCCAUGCACCUACAUCGAGCAGGCCGGUAUCCGCGAGAUACCCUGUURCCAUUCACAACAACUACUCCUCUACCACUCCGAAGAGAGACAGUCUGAGAGAACAUGGUGAUGCUGUGAUCGCUCAGACACAAGCGGCCGCGGCGCAGAAUCGAGCGAGGCGGUUGAGUACUUCGAUGGGUCGAUUGGGGUUGCGGGACGAAGAAUUGGAUGGUGUUAUCGAUGCGAGGUUGAGCGGCCGGCAGUCAGCGGAGGGCUGGGAACGUCAGAGGGUGCGGGAGAGGUUCGAGAGGCGGCAGGAAUAUUACUAG